GAGGGCGACGUGCACAACGCCGGCGAGGACGGAAGAGGACGCGGCGGAGGCGCCCCGCGCUGCACCGGGGGACUGAGGACGCCGCGCUGGGCUGACGCCCGUCCUCACCAUCGUGCCUGCCCUUCCCGCAUCACACCGCGCGUGCCGGUCCAGGGCCCUGUUAUAAAUCAUGGAACCCCACGAAAUAUGGCUCCUUGA